AUGUAAUAUAAUCGAUUAGGAAAUACAGGUUUGCUUGUAUCUUGUUUGGGGUUUGGGAAUAUGAUUAAUUUUUAGCCAUAGGAUGAAGAGGUGAAUAUUGCUAUAAUCAAAAGGGCAUUUGAUGCUGGAAUCAACUUUUUUGAUACUGCAGAAUUGUAUGAAUACUUAUUAGAUUAAUAGCUAUUAACAUGGUGAAGCAGAAAAGCAAUUAGGUAGAUCAAUAAAGAUAUUAAAUUUACCAAGAGAGAAAUUAGUGAUUACUACAAAAGUUUUCAUUAAUUAAACACCAGGAGGUAAUUGAAUAAUUUAUAUUUGUAUAGGAUUGAAUGUUAAUAGAAUGUGUACAUUAAAUAGAAAACAUAUUAUUGAAGCAGUAAAUACAAGUCUAUAAAAUUUAUAAUUGGAUUAUGUAGAUGUUGUUUUUGCACAUUAAUUUGAUAUAGACACUCCAACAGAUGAAAUUGUUAGAGGAUUUAACUAAAUAAUAGAAGAUGGAAAAGCUUUCUAUUGGGCAACUAGUAAUUGGAAUCCAGCAUAAAUAUAAGAAGCUAUUAAUUAUGCUGAUUUACAUGGAUUAAUUAGACCAAUAGCAGAAUAAGGAGAAUAUCAUAUGUUGUAAAGGAAAUAAUUUGAAUUGGAUUUAGUAGGUUUGUAUGAGAAAUACAAUUAUGGUACUACAAUAUAUAGUCCUCUUUGUGGAGGAUUCUUGACAGGGAAAUACUUAGAAGGAAUACCAGAAGAUAGUAGAUGUGCUAAAGAUAAUGGAUGGAUGACUAAAGAGAGAGCUUAAAAUAGAUGGUUAUUGAAAUACAGUAAGAAUAGAUGAAAUAGAUUUAUUAGUUAAGAAUCCUAAGAAUAUAGAAGGUGUCAAGAAAAUAGUUGAAUUAGCUAAAGAAUUGAAUGUUACACCAGCCCAAUUAGUUUUAGCUUGGACUAUAAGAAAUAAAGAUAUUAAUGUAGCCAUAACAGGAGCAAGAACUGUUGCAUAAUUAGAAGAAUCUUUAGGAAGUGUUGAAUUAUUAAAGAGAUUUGAUGAGAAAUUAGAUGAGAAAAUGGAGAUGAUUUUUGAGAAUACUCCAAAACAAGAUUUAAAUUAUAGAACUUUUUAAUAAAAUAAAAAGAGAAGAUGA